AUGAGCGAGCCAAUGCAAACCACUGAGCCCAAUCUCCCGCCAAUACCACACGAGGCGCCGGCAGCAGCAGACACGAGCGACGACGCCUGCGCCCUGACAACGACAACGACAAUGGCUGUGGCUGCAAGCACAAGCUCAACUGCACCUGUCGAUGCGCAGCCAAGUCGGCGCCGGAAGCUGUUCAGUCAGCAGUUUGAGCGUGUCCGCGAGGUCGUCGACGGACUGCUGCGAACCGAGCUCAGCGUCCGACUGAAUGAGCUCGAACUCGUCAAUGCAAGACUCACAGAUACGAGACACGCGCUCGACCAACUACGAUUACUGCUUAGUGCUGGAUCCAAAUUGUCGGCGCGCCGGAAAGACGACAUUCUCGCUGCCGUCGCCACCACGCGGCCAGAUCAAAGCGCACCGGCACCGGCCCCGGCGGCCCCUCCAACAGCACUUGCGACUUCUGCUGUCAUUUACAAGCGCCGCGAUGGCAAGCUGAUCAGGGUUCGAUGCCCAGAGUGCAUGAAAGAGGACUUUAAAAACUACCAAGGCUUUGCCAACCACUGCCGGAUGCUGCAUCGCACCUUCUAUCCGAGCCACGACGAUGCCCUGUUCGCAGCAGGCGUCGUGAUUGAGCCGCACGAAGUGCCAGAGGGCGUGUCUGUGAUUGAUCUGGCCGGAACACAGCUACUCGACAUGGACAAGGGUGGGCUGGUCUCGCGCUUGCCGUUGGCCGGCGCCGCUGCACCCGGCAUCAGCACGAUUGGUCUGACGGAGGCCGCGCCACUGGCAAUCUCGUCGCGAUUCUUUGUACGGAAACGCGUCAUUGUGGGAAACACAUCGCAGUACAUUUCGCCAGACCGGCGAGAUGCCGACGACCAAUCGUCCCACAAAUGGAUGGUCUAUGUCCGCGGCCCAGCCGAAACGCCCGACCUCGCUCCAUUUGUCAAGCACGUCAAGUUCUUUCUGCAUCCCUCGUACAAGCCCAACGAUGUCGUUGACGUGACGUCGCCGCCCUUUCAUCUCACACGCCGAGGCUGGGGCGAAUUCCCAGUUCGUGUGCAACUGCAUUUUGUCGAUCCCAAGAACAAGCCUCUUGACAUUAUUCAUAAUUUAAAGCUUGACAGAACAAAUACUGGACUCCAGACGCUCGGAGCCGAAACCACCUUAACUAUCGACUUGGAUCGUGCGUUCUUUGAUCGUCAGAAACGCGUUGACAAGCCAUCGGAAACCUCCGACUUGCCGUCUCCUUCUUCUGCUGAUACACCCCAGCAAGAGAAUGGCGCCACUUUGAAUGAAUUUUUCAUGGAGCUACCGGACGUUGACUCUAUUGCGCAAAGCCUGGUUGCUUCAGGCGCAGCGACGCCAAUGCAUGCCAACUUUACACCAUUGCCGCAAGACUGGCACUCGCAGCUGAAUGCAAUUGCACAAAACUCGCUCCAUGAGCACGUCGAGGAUGAGGAAUUGCUCUUCAGCGCGGUGCUCGACGACACUUUUCAUGCGGAUCUUGACGAAUUUGACUUUGGCGCUGGCGACUUGCACGCGACCGCGGAUGCUGGUGCUGUUGUGAGUGCAGCGACACACUUUGCCGACCCGUCUGCCACUGGUGUGGGACGCGAUCACUCUCAGAAAUCGAGCUACAGCGGUCCGUGGACGCUGUGCAAGUUUUGUGGAUCUGCGUCCCACUUGGACUCGACGGAAUGCUCGCAGCAGCUUGAACUCUUCCGGGGUAGUGGAGAUGUCAAAACAAUCAACACUGUGUCUUCCUCGCAAGCCCUGCUCGGUCAGCUCGCCGCAAGUGUCGACCACGGGGAAACAGAGCAGAAGCUAUCUGUCGACGAUGACAAUCACGAUACAAACGUCAGGCGACCGCGCUUUCAAACAGCCACGCAGUCCGCUACGUUGGCCGCACUGCCACCAGUCGACGCGACCGAAUUGGGAAAACUUCCGCCUCGUUUGCAAUGGGUUCGAAGGACUGCACACCAAGCAGACGUGGUACUUUCUAAUAUACCCUUGCACGACCAGCCUCGUGAAACUGCUCCUCAAGCGGACGAGCUCAUACUUCAGGCUGCCUUGUCGAUGGCUCGUAACCUCUUGCUGAAAGCGCUGGCCUCGAAGAGCCAGAGCUCUUCCUCGGUUGCGAACAUUCCGCCUGUGCAAGUCAUCACUCCCGUCGACAUCUUCUUGGCGAUUCGAGGCACUUCCGAACUUGAUUUUCUCUCAAACGAGAAUCUAGGAGCCGAUCUUUCCACACGACGGGGAGCAGACCUUGCACCUACUGCUACUGCUGUUGCUGCGGCUGCUGCUGCUGUUUUAGAACCUGCUGCAACAACAUCAGCUCAGCGCAAACGUCGGCUCACCAACCAGGAUGCUUCCGCCACUCCCGACAUCCUGAACACUGCUCCUCCACCACCGACACGCUCCUCCAAGCGAGCCCUCUCAGUGAUGUCGGCGCGCGUUUCGACAACGGCGCGACCAGUUCUGGUGCGACCGACGCCCUCCCGCCGCGCCACCCGCACCUCGACCGCCACAGCGUCCAUCUCAUCGCUAUCAUCCGACGCUGAUUCAGCGCUCAAUGCUCAUCAGCACGGUCCAGACAUGCAGGCAAUCCUCGACUCGCUCAAGGUGCAGAAUUUUCAAACCGCUUCAAUCUCGCCUCGCGAUCGGAACCGCACGAAUGCACACAGCGCUGAUGCUCCCAACGAUGAUGCUCACAAUGACGACGAUGACGAUGACGAUGAUGAUGAUGAUGAUGGAAGGGCUUCCACGACGUCGUCCGUCGACCGCUUCCCAGUCAAGCACCGGAUUGAAAUCAGCGUUCGGAGCCCAGUCUCGCCCGCUGCCAAGAAGCCCGCGUCGUCGUCGCCGAGUGUAUCCCUGCGAUCGCGUGGCGCAGACGAUGGUGUUGACCACGCUGAUCACUCUGCGCGAAAACGCAAGGCCUCUGCUGGAUCCGCGUCGUCCCCGGGCGCUGCUGGAGUGGCUCGCCCUCACACCCCGCGCAAGCUGAGCAACUCGGAGACAGCGACCCAGUCAAACACAAUCAAUCUCAGGAAGCUCUUUGCGUCGAUUUGCAUUAUUCUAGGAUGCGCAUUUAUUCUUCCAGCGGUCGCAAGCGCCUCUGUGACGAAUCUGAAUCUCGGCAAGCACGGGCUGAAUCUCGCCGUUGCUGGCCUCACCUUUCUGCUUUCUUGGGGAUACUUUCACUUGGAAGUGAGCAACCAAAGCAACGAGGAGCACACAUUGAACGAUGGCAGCGCAGGCUCUGGUCUGCUUUUCGAGGACGUUAUGGCUGUGGUGAAUGCGGUGAUUGUGCUUGUCCUGCUAACCGCGUCGUCGAGCACGGUAUAA